UAAUCGCAAGCUUCAAUCAGCGCCUUGUAAAUCACCGAAACACAAUCAAAAUGUUCACCAAGCUGAUCUGUAUCGCCGCUCUGGCUAUCUCCUGCGUCUGCGCCAAACCAGGACUUGCACCACUUGCACCACUAGCUUACUCAGCACCACUUGUGGCUGCCGCGGCACCAGCUGUUGUGACCGCCCAAAGUUCCCAGGUUGUGGCCCGUAAUUACAAUGGAAUCGCCCCCUUGGCAUACACCGCUGCUGCUCCAUUGGCUGCUUCGUUAGCUUACACCUCCGCCCCAGUGGCUAAGGUUGCCGCUCCUCUGGCUUAUACCGCAGCGGGUGUUCCGCUUGCUUACUCUGCUCCAACUUUGGCAGCGGCCGCUCCGUUGGCAUACCGUGCCGCUCCACUGCUUUCUCCAUAUGCUGCCUACAGUCCAUAUUUGCUGUAAGUGUAAGUGAUUGAAGAAGAACGAACAAGGAUGUGAUAGUUUAGGAAGUUUGUGGUAAUUGUUAUGAAAGCAUGAUUUAAACGAAAAUACAAGAUUUUGUAGAUCGAAGAA